CUGCCUUCAUCAUCGCACUCGACGCUUCUAACCAACCGUCGCAUCAACCUCCCCAAGCUCAUCCCUCCUCGCACCUGAUCCAGGAGGUAUCUCUUCGUGCGUUUGCCUCCUCUCCCUUGCCCGUACUGCUUCUCUUCUCCUCCCUGGUUGACCUCGCACCGAUGGCUACUUUUUCGCCUGAAAAGAGCAGCGACGUGCUCUCGUAUUUCACAUCCAAUGCCAUUGUCCAACGACUCUCGGAUGCCUUCACUUCAUUCCAGGAGAGGAGAGAGGCGCUUGGUCUGUCGAAUCCAGGCACCGUAGACAACAUCUCCAGAGAGGUCGAUCGGGAUGUCUUCCUUAACAACCAAGCCUUUUCGGGCCUGCGGGCUGAGAUCGCAAAGUCCUUCUCCAUGUCGCCCAUGUUCCAAGUUUCGCAUUCUCUGUCGAUGGGAAGCCAGACAUUGAGCCCGUACAACUUCGCCGCCAUGUACGGGUCGCCAAGGGUGUUCUGUCAAGGUAGCAUCGACAACGACUUUGCUCUAUCCGGUCGUUUCAAUUGGAGAUGGGCUUCUGGACUUGUCACCAAGACAUCGGCGCAGAUCGCUCCAGGACAGCAGAGCAUGUUCUCCAUCGAACAAGAUUACCAGGGCGCCGAUUUUACUGCGAGCGCAAAAGCAAUGAACCCAUCGAUACUAGAAGGAGGCGUCACGGGUAUUUUCGUCGGCGACUACCUGCAAUCCAUCACACCACGAUUGGCCCUUGGCCUGAAUGCGGUCUGGCAGCGCGCGGCCAUGAAUCAGGGUCCGGAGACGAUGAUCAGCUACGUUGGCCGAUACAAGGGCGAUGACUGGAUAGGCACCGCGCAAUUGGCCACUUUGGGCUCUCUGAGGUUGUCAUACUGGCGACGGUUGGCCGAGAAGGUCGAGGCUGGUGUUGCGCUUGAUUUGGCUGCUGCACCAGGCAUGGCUUUGGGUCCUGGCAUGAUGACUCCGCCGCGAAGAGAAGGUACCGCGACCAUUGGCGCAAAGUACGAUUUUAGAGCCAGUUCUUUCCGUGCACAAGUCGAUUCGCAGGGCAAGGUAAGCUGCUUGCUCGAUAAGAGGAUCGCACCGGCUGUUCAGGUCACUUUCUCUGGAGAGAUCGAUCACGUCAAGAGCACCUCCAAGCUCGGUCUUGCCGUUCAGAUCGAGAAUGCGCCAGAAGAGCUCAUCGAGCAGCAGGAGCGUGGCAUUGGCAGCAACGAGCCAGCUCCACCAUUCUAGGCACACUCGCCUCCAUUAUAAUCUCACCUCAUUUCCCUUCCAAACGCCGUUGUAUUACCACGCCUUGAUCGAGCUUUUUUAUUAGGGGCAGGGGUUUGUCAAAGAAUCUAGCAAGGACGCGCGAUCGCAUGACGUGAUGGCUGGACUACAAAACUCGUUAUAUCUCUCUGUGUCUGAUCUUUGGUGUAGAUUCCGCCGUUGGCGCGGCUGUGGAGUAUAUAAUCUUAUUCGCGCAUGUUUGGGCGUCGCCGCUGUGCACAUGUUCUUGCUGGUCGGCAAAGCGUUGGCAAAGGGUCAAAAAUUCACUGCGAUUGUACAUAUAGAUCACACGAGCAUUUAAAAAACAAUGAGGGAUGGGAACAUCUCUUCUGCUACAUGCCUUUCUCGAGCUGGACAAAUUGCUCAGCCAAGCACCGGCAUCCGUUUCGUAAUAUGUUCUUUCCAGAUCUAAAAAGCACACAAGUCGAGAGAAGAGA